AUCACAAAGUAGAAACUAACUAAUUAAGGAAAUUCAGGAGAAAAACAACAGAGAGAAAGCAGCAAAGCUUCACAAGUAGCGAUCAAAGAAAAAAAUUCAGAACAAUGAAGCAUCUUCAAAAUAUUUCCAAAACAAAGAAUGGCGAGUUUGAGAAUGAUGAUGAGAACUAUGAUGCUGCAAUGCCGGUGAGCCCUAUGGCGCAUUAUUUGAACAGCUCUGCGCUAAAUGUGUUUGUUCUCUGCGUUUUGGAGAUCGAGAUUCCAAUAGACGACUCAAAGGCCAUGCAACUUCUUGAAGGCUCGCUUCUCCCCCUCAACCCACGCUUCUCUUCUAUCAUGAUCGAAGGGAAGAAAGGAAAGAAGCAAUGGAAGCCAGUUGAAGUGAAUCUUAAAGAACACAUCAAGGUUCCAAUAUUUCCAAGAUCCAACAACCCAGCCAAACUAUAUGAUGAUGAUUUUGAUGAAUAUCUGACAAAAAUAGCUGGUCAAGAAUUACCACAAGAUAAACCACUUUGGGAAGUACAUAUAAUUAAGUAUCCAACAAGAAAUUCUAAGGGUGCUUUAGUUUUCAAGAUGCACCAUGCUCUUGGAGAUGGAUACACGCUAAUGGCCUCGUUGCUUUCAUGUGUACAAAGAGCAGAUGACCCUUCAAUUCCCAUAACCUUUCCUUCAAGCAAAAAAUCAGCGGAAUUAGAUGAUGAUGACAAUAGUAAUAUUAAGAUGAAAUCCAUGCUUAAGAAAUUACCUCAAAUAAUAUUUUCGGUGAUUAAAGGUGCAUCUGACUUUGGGUGGAGUGUGUUGAAAGGUAAUUUGCUUGUUGAUCAUGAAUCACCAAUUAAGUCAGGGCAUGAAGAUGUGGGGUCUAGACCUAUUGCUAUCUCAACUGUCUGUCUCUCUGUGGAUAGCAUCAAAGAAGUAAAAAAUAAGCUCGAAGUGAGCACAAAUGAUGUCCUAGUGGGCAUGAUUUUCCUUAGCAUUCGGUUAUACAUGAUAGCAAAGAAUGCGGAAUCAAGCAAAGCAGAGGCAACAGGAUUAGUGCUGCUUAAUACAAGAAGACUAAGAGCUUACAAAUCAGUGAAGGAGAUGCUUGAUACUAAAACCAAUUCAGGGGCUUCAUGGGGAAAUCAAAUUCAAUACAUGCAUCUUCCUAUUCCCAAAUCGAAUGACAAUUCCAAUUCAUUAAACCCUCUUGAAUUUGUUUUGUCAGCCCACAAAAUCAUCAAUAGCUUGAGAAAUUCUUUGGCAAUUCCACUCAAUGGUGUGCUUUUAGGCUUGAUUGAUAAAAUCAAAGGUCCAGAGGCUGCGGCAAAAUAUAUAUACAAAGCAUUGGCAAAUUCAAGCCUUAGCAUCUCAAACGUGGUUGGACCAGUUGAAAAAGUGGCUAUUGAUAAUCAUCCCGUCAAAGGGAUUUACUGUAUGAGUAUUGGUACACGUCAGAGUCUCACCGUGACAAUAUUAAGUUACAUGGGGUAUUUCCACAUUGGAUUUGGAGUGGAAAAAGAUUGGAUAGACGUACACCAUUUGAUUUCAUGUUUUGAGACUGCCCAAGAAAUGAUUCUGAAUGCUGCAAAUAAAAUAUAAUCCUGUUUUUUCAGCAAAGUGCAAAAGCAUUCUAUAUAUAUAUAUAUACACAGUCA